CAAUACUUUUGGUAUGCAAUAUUUUUUAUAGAAGCUCGGCUUAUAUUGGAAACAAAUUUUGUGCGUGUUUUUUCUCUGGCUUUGUUUCAUAUGCAUAACAACAAUGCUGUAUACAAUCAACACAUUUCCAGAAAGUUGUUUGAUAGCCACUGUAAACAAAUUGACUAGUCAGCUGUUUUCAUUUUCAUAAAUAUGUUAUUGAAAUCCUUAAGCAAGCGUGAAUCUGAAUUUAUCGUUUUCAAGAAUAACAAAGCAAGCACAUUUAAUGGUAGUAAUGGAACGCAUUAGUGUACUAAUAUUAAUCAUAUUUAGUGUUCAAAUAACACAGCAAGUUGAUUAUGAUUGCAACGAUUUGUUAAUGGGACAAUAUCUUUGUCCGGAUCCAACCAAAAAACAAAUUGAUCCCAAAACACAACAGUUUUACGGCUGCACAAAGGAAAACAAAGCUCGUGUGUGGUGUGUAGCUGUCGAUGGUAUCAACUGCACGGAAACUGGUAACAAUACUUUCACUCGGGAAUUACCCUGCAAGUGGACUAACGGAUAUCAUCUUGAUACCACUUUGCUGCUUUCCGUUUUUCUGGGAAUGUUUGGCGUCGACCGCUUCUACUUAGGUUAUCCUGGCAUUGGUUUGAUAAAGUUCUGCACACUUGGCGGCAUGUUCCUCGGCCAACUUGUUGAUAUUGUACUCAUAGCUACACAAGUUGUUGGACCGGCCGAUGGCUCAGCAUACGUUAUACCCUACUAUGGCGCGGGCGUAACAAUUGUGCGUAGUGAUAACUCAACAUAUCGGUUGCCACGGGAUGACUGGUGAAACGGAUAUAAACAAUCGUCAAUAAGCGUUUAUAUCAUAUGAGCCAAAAAACAAAAAAAAAAAGUCGGAUAAGUCCAAGAAAUGAUAUUUGAAUGAAAGCAAAAAAAAAAAAA